CCAUUUUCCACCGCCACUUACGACCGGUUGGGGAGAUUUAAGAGCCUGGAAAGUUGUCGGAUACUCGUCUAGGAUGUUGUACAUGUGGAUCGUGUCUAGGUAGACAGCUUCCAAGGAAUGACAGGCGCAUUUUGUUGCCUUUGAGAUUUUAUAUAUAGGACUCAAGUACUGCAUUGCACCGCUCCUUCUACCUUAAAGUCCCAUUCCCGCAACCAGUUUGAUCCACCAGGACCCCGACAUUGAGUGACACACCUUAUCCCGGCAGCCUCCGAUACAUCCGCACCUGGACCACCCAUAUAAACUGAUGCCUCCUCGACCCCAAACAUGAACCGCGCCAGCAGUACCAACCCACGCUCCGGCAAAAGCGCCUUUCCACCUCCUCUGAACCUCAACAAACGCAGCCCGCCAGCGACGGCAUCGAAUGCAACCACUAGAGCAGGCGAGAAACCAACCAAGGACAACGCAAAACCGAAGAGCGAUUCAAAAACAAAGGAUCAAGACAAGAUGGAAGACGACUACGUAGACGUUACCCCAGCCAGCCCCGCGAGCGCCAAGCCGGCCCCCAAGGCAUCGACGCAGUACUCCAACAACUUCAGCAAGGCGGACGCGCGGUUCAGCACGACGGCGCAGUCCAGCUACGGCGCCUUUGACCCGCUCGACUACGCCGCGUCGGAGGCGGCGCCCCCUCUGCCGACGGGGGAGAACGGCGAGGCGAGCGAGGAGGUGCGGCGGCGGCGGCUGGAGGAAAAGCAGCGACGCGAGGAGGAGUGGGAGGAAGAACAGGCGCAGCGCAAGCGCGAGCGCGAGAGGCUGGCGCAGGAGCGGCGGCAGAGGGAGAUUCAAGAAGAAGAGGAGAGGCGCAGGCGCGAGUGGGCCGAGGAGGAAGAGCGCAGGAGGAGGAGGGAGGAGGAGGAGGAGUUUGACGAGGAGAUUCCGCGCCGGCAGAGCCCGCCUCGGCAGGAGCAGUACCAGCGACGGCCGUCCGGGGCGGACAGGAGGAACUCGUACGCCAGACACUCGUUCCACCGUCAGAACGACAGUCGGGACUACAGGAGGUACAACAGCAACAGCAACAGCAACAGCAACAACAACAGUGGCAACGAGGAGGAGAACGCAAGGGGUGACCCCCGACGAGAGAGGAUCAACAUCAACAUGAACGACGCUUGGCAGUCGUGGACCUCGAUGGGUGGCGGUAGAGACGACCGCGGAGGGUUUGGGAUUGGAGGGACUCCGGGCUUUGGCUUGUUUGGUGGUCAGAGGGCAGGAUUUGGCCCGGUGGGCAAUCUGCCCGUCACCCAAUUGCCCGGAUUGGGAGGGUUUAGAAUGUUUGGACUGUAAUUCAUACAGUGCGUGUGCUGGUGUUGCUUGUGAUUUUCUUAUUUUUCAAUCGACGCAUAGGUAGCGUAGAAUUGUCAGUUGACCUGACAACGUUUGUAAUAACACAUGUGCCAUUCAGGCCCUCACAAAAAGCUCGUGAUGUCACCGAUGUAUACCCAGACCGUUGCAGUGACGAGGCCCGAUUACCUGGGUGUCCGAAAUUGGUGAUUUUAGGAGCUGGAU